UAGAAUUAAAAUGACUGAAAGGCAAGUGUGUAUACACUCAUGGUUCUGGUCUUGAAAUACAGGCUGAAAUCCUGACUAAAUUACUUGAUGGAGUUCCUAUUGAAAUUAAGUAGUUCUUUAGAGAAACUCCUCCUAUUGAGUAACCACAGAUCCUAGCAUGUUAGGAUAGGCCUUGGAACAAGCCUAACAAACACCACCAGCCUUGGAAAUAUUGCUAGACCCACUUGGCUAUGAAGAAGAGGAGGUAUUUCCUGGAGCUGAGGCAGAAGAAGAAGCCAGCAUUCACUGUGUUUGCCUGCUAAUGGAUUUUGCGAAGUGUCCAGACUCUGUGGAGGGACUAAGACACAAAUUCAUGAGUGUGCUCUACAUGCCCACGGACAGACUCCUGGAAAAAACAGGCCACAUGGCUCAUCAAAUAGGUGAAAGGCGAGGCAGAAGAAACUGCACCAGAGGAGCCUUCAGUGUCAUUAGUACCACGGGCUCCAUGAAGCUGCGGAAGAGAAGUACAAGCCUUCAACACAAGCUUCCAGAUUGUUUGGUUAGACAAUGGGAAGACCUGUCCACUCCCCCUGAUUGUAAUUUGGACACUCCUAAUGACUGGAAACAUCAAAGAAUGAACUCUCCCGUUGCACACAUGACAGUACUGGAAGACCCCAAAUCCUUCCAAAUGGCUGCAGCAUGGGUCCCUCCAUCAACAGGAAGGCACAACGACAUUGACAUGGAACCAACCAGUGACUUCCAAAGAGACAGUGAAAGCCUCCAAACAGGCAUAUUGCCUAAUCUGCCCCAAAGGGCUGCAAGGACCUCUGAGCUUCCCAAGGGGUUGGGGCCCUUUGCUGAUGGACUGGGGAGGAUGCCUGAUCACUUCUUGCUCAUGGAGAUCGAACAAUCAGAAUCUACAGAACGUCUGCCAGAUCCAGUGGUGGCUCCUUCACCAAAGUCUUUGCUAGCAGAGCCCGGUGGUGACAUCAUAAUGCACGAUGAAUCAAGAAUCAGGAAGUCGAAAGAGAUAUCAAUUCUAGAGCGCGUUGGGGAGACACUGCGACAAAAGAAACUGCGUGCAACCCAGCUUUGAGGAGGAGUAUGGCUGGAAAUUGCUCACAACGGUGCCUUCCAUUUUUGCAGUGAUGCUGAAAUGACUCAUCGGGCUCCAUGCAUUCUUUUGUUCUUUUGGUUUGCUUGACUCUGCUGUGCGCAAAUAGAUUUUCACAACUUCACAAAUCGUCACGCUUUAAAAUAGCUCCAGCAAAAUAAAACAUAAGUUGUGGAAGAAGACAGUG